CUCUGGAUUUAGAAGAAGGAAGACUUCACUAUGUCUCACCAGACCGGCAUCCAGGCAAGUGAAGAUGUGUUGGAAAUGUUUGCCAGAGCCAGGAAUGGAAAGUACAGGCUUCUUAAACUGGACAUUGAAGACGAGCAACUGACUGUGAGUGCAUGUGAAAAGCCAACAAGAUCCUGGGAACAAGAAUAUGACAACUUUAUUCUACCAUUACUGGAAGACAAACAGCCAUGUUAUAUUUUGUACAGGCUUGAUUCUCAGAAUGCGCAAGGCUUUGAGUGGAUAUUCAUUGCUUGGUCUCCAGACUACUCCCAUGUUCGACAAAAAAUGCUUUAUGCUGCAACAAGAGCCACUGUGAAGAAGGAAUUUGGUGGAGGACAUAUAAAAGAAGAAAUUUUUGGCACAGUUAAGGAUGAUAUUUCAUUGAAAGGAUACUACAAAUACUUGGCUUGUCAGUCAGCUCCUGCACCACUUACCACAGCAGAAGAGGAGUUAAGGCAGAUAAAGAUCAAAGAGACCCCAACAGAUAUUGCAGUAGAUACUAAACACCAGACACUUCAAGGAAUAGCUUUUCCAAUAGAAAAAGCAGCAUUCCAGGCACUGGAGCAGUUAAGAGAAAAGAGACUAAACUAUGUACAGUUGAAAAUAGAUAUAAAGAAUGAAAUCAUUAUUUUGGCUGACACUACCAAUACAGAAGUAAGAGACUUGCCAAAGAGGAUUCCGAAAGAUGCAGCCCGUUACCAUUUCUUCCUUUAUAAACAUUCUCAUGAAGGAGACUAUUUGGAUUCUUUUGUGUUCAUUUACUCAAUGCCUGGAUAUACAUGCAGUAUAAGAGAACGAAUGUUAUACUCCAGCUGCAAGAGCCCUCUGCUAGAUGCUAUAGAAAAUCGACUUCUUAUGGAGAUUGCAAGAAAGAUUGAAAUAGACAAUGGAGAUGAACUGACUCCAGAUUUCCUGUAUGAAGAAGUCCACCCAAAGCAACAUGCACACAAGCAAAAUUUUGCUAAGCCAAAGGGCCCUGCAGGAAAGCGAGGCAUCAGGAGACUGAUAAGAGGACCCGCAGAAGCUGAAACUGCUAAUGACUAGACUAUUAAGAAGUAGCAGGUUAUACUGACCAGAAAUAUGUGAUCUGAAUCUUUCCAUACCUAUGUUCUUUAAUACAAAAGAAAAAACCACUUAGGGCAUCGUUCCUUCUUGCAAUGUAUUCAUUCAUUUACAUAAGAUACAUUUUAUAUCGUGUAAGCAGAUCUGUUUGAAAGUAUCAAAGAAACCAUCCAGCUGCAUAGAACAUGGUCAUGAUUUCAUGUACCGUGCUGGUUGUUCACUCAAAUCCAUUUCAUUUAGAUUGGGUGUAUACAUUGAUAUGCAGAUUUCCUUUAGUAUUUACAUCCGUUCUUUCAAGAUGGGUAUUUACUUAUUUAAAGGGACUGUCUCUAUAUUUUAACCUUCUGUUUUGUUACCUCUGUCUGGGACUGGUUGCAGUGUAGAAGUCCAAAGUUUUACAGAACCUGUUUUAUUUUCAGCAACUGAAUUUAGAAAGUUAAGAGAAAUUCAUAAAACUCCCUGUGCUUAUGUAGACAUGCAGAAAAUUGGGCUUUUGAUUUCAAAGCACAGAUUCGCUGCCAAACCUGUGUUAUCUUACAUCACACUUGGUAGUUU